AUGUCGCGUCCCCGAACCGCUGGCGCCGCGACAGGCGCUCCUGCUGAGCCCGCCUAUGUCCCGGCACCCAUGCCAGCAGAUCCGCUGCACGAUGAUCGAAUCGUGUGGAUCAGGAAGCAGGUCGAAUCCGGCCUCAUGGCCGAGUCGACAUCCGCCGGCUUGCAGUCUCCGUCCGAAUGGUUCCUCGAUUGCCUGGAGCGCGACAACCGCGUUCACCUCCAAGCACUCAUGGACUAUCUCGAGUCCCACACGAACCAGUCCGCGCUCGUGUUCUGGAACGAAGUCUCACAAAUCCGGAUCGAAGUCAAGCCUGUCGAGUUGCCCGUCGAGAGUACCACAAAUGCCGACGAGGUGCUGCCCGAAACGUUCUCGCCCACUCAGCUUGUUUCGCCCCGCUUCGCAGCUACCGACCAGACACCAAAGGAAGCUGCAGCCGAGGCUCUGGCUCCAGACGCUCCACAACUUUCUGUCGCUGAGGCCCAGCCCGAGGAGGCUUCUGGUCCAGCAAACGCUGAAGGAGCCGAAGCAGAAGGCGGUACGGCCCAGCCCGGGCCAGAGGCUCCACCAGCCGCCGCUGCCCCAGCCGCCCCACCUCAGCCCUGCUUCGUGAUGAAGGACGUCCACAAACUUCACAUGUAUGUGCAGAGCGUCCCAGAAAAAGUCUCUGAGGUCAACCUGAUCUUCUUUCUCCGCAACAAAGCCGGGCCGAUCCCCAUGCCCAAAAGCGCCGAAGAUGCCGCGAUCCAUCUGCCUCAGUGGCUAGACGUCGGUUACUUCUCUGGCCAUACCCUCAUCAUGCUCGAGCAGCUACUCUCAGAGGUUUACUUGCCGAUCCUGAGUGUCCCCGACUUUGAUGACGAAAUUUACGAUAGCCAAGCAGCCGUCACGGAGACGACCGAAGGCGCUUUCUCUACUGCCAAGGCUCCAACCAACAUGACCUCCGAGUUUGUCGUGGCCAUGCAGAAGUUCACCAGCCAAAUCACCCACACCGCCCAGCAGGUCGCCGGUGAGACCCGCCUUAACAUUCCAGACGACCUGAAUUUGGUUGCCAUCGCCGACAUCGACACUUCAGCCAAAGACGUGCUGGUCGUGCGGAAGCUCGAGAUGCUGGCCGAAGAGUGGAUUGAGACCAUCAUCGGCGCGCUUGCCAAGGAAACUAAGAAAGUCCCGAACGGAAAUGGUCCAUUGUCCGAGAUUGAGUUUUGGCGCGACCGCAAUGCAUCUCUGUCGACCCUCUACGAACAGCUCAAUCUGCCAAUCGUCCACUCGAUGGUCAAGAUCCUGCACAAAGCACAGGUUCCAUGCUGCUCGUCGCUCGAGUUUCAACUCGGGGAGUUGAACAAGUUCUAUACUGAGGCCAAGGACAAUGUCAAGUUCCUCAGCACCCUGGAGCGGCAUUUCAAGAACAUCAUCACAGGCAGUCUCAUCAGCGUUCAGGACUCGCUCCCAUCGCUCAUGAACGCCAUUCGGAUGGUUUGGAUCAUCUCUCGGCACUACAACAGGGACGAACGCAUGGUUCCGCUCAUGAGCCGCAUUGCGUGGGAGCUCGCCAACAAGGUCGAGAACAUUGUCAACAUCAAAACUAUCCUCCGUGAACCUCCUGUCAGCGCAAAGAAGAAGAUCAUGGACGCAAAGAACCUUCUCGAGAGCUGGAGCAAGACCUACUUCCAAGUCCGCGAGCGAAUCGAGCAGUCCGGCCGUGAUCAACGCUGGGAGUUUGACCGCAAGAAGCUCUUUGAGCAGACCAACUAUAUUGCCCUCAAGUGCUCGGAUCUGUUCGAGAUUGCCGAGGUCAUGGAGCAGUUUUACAGCAUCUUUGGGCCUGAACUGAAGGCCGUCACGGGCGAUCCCCAACAGAUCGACGAAGUGAUCAAGCGCGUCGAAGCCUUGAUCGUGCCCUUUGAGCAGAUUCCGUUUGAUCAGUUUUCCAAAAAAUAUCAAAGCUCCUGGGACUCUCUCAUGUCGCGAUUCCGUGAACAGAUUGUGCAGAUCGAGGACAUGGCCAAGCAGUUUAUCGACGCCUCAUUCAAGAAGCUUCGCUCUGCGGAGGGUGCGUUUGAUUUGCUGCAAAACAUCAAGAACAUCAAAUCCCGCGAGUCUAUCAAUAACCAGCUUAUGGGCAAGUGGUAUGAGAUUCUGGACCAGUACGCCCGCGAGGUCGAUAUCAUCGAGGAGAUCUUUACAAACAACAAAAACAAUCCACCGUGUACAAAGAACCAACCAAAAAUUGCAGGUGCCAUCGCGUGGUCGCGCUCGCUAUUCUACAGGAUCAAAAAGACUAUCGUGCGAUUCCAAUCGCUACAGGAGAUGCUGGCGAGCGAGCAGGGACGAGCAGUCACCCGAAAGUAUCUCACGGCUGCAAAAGCCAUGCGCGAGUACGAGCAAACGCUCUACUACCAGUGGUGCUCCUCCGUCGAUGCUAGCUCCAUCAUGUACCUCAAGUCGCAUAUCCUGACCAAGGACGGAGCAGCGCAGCCAGCCACUGUUGUCGUCACCACGACUACUCCCGGAACACCGGACGCCUCAGCCGACAAGCCAUUCGAGAAAGUCCUCGUAAACUUCCGGCCGGAACUAAAGGAGAUCAUCAAGGAAACCAAGUAUCUUGAACUGAUGGGGUUCUCCAUCCCCGAGUCCGCACUGAACGUGGCGCUGCAAGAGGAAAAGUACUACACCUAUGUCGAAAACCUCAACGCCAUGCUCAAUAGCUACAACGGCGUCGUCGUUCUACUGGACGAAGCCGAGAGAAAGCUGCUGCAGGUGCAGAUGGUCGAGUUGAAGCGCGUCAUGAAACCGGGCUUUACACGCCUCAACUGGAACUCCCUCGGAAUCCCAGAUUUUAUCCAGAGGUGUAACCAGGAAAUCAACAAGUUCUCAUCCAUGGUGAACCAGAUCCGCAAAAACUCGGCCAAUAUCGCACGCUCGGUCGACCAGAUCGCACAGUCAAUGUUGGUCGAAUUGCCCACAUCGAGCGACAUUGUUGAUGCCCAUGAGUUCUUUGACUACAUCAACAAGCAUCGAGUGAACACUCUGGAGGGCAUGACCAUGAAAUAUCGCAGCAUCGGUCCGCUUCUCAUCAAGAUGGAGUCGCUCGUCGCUGGCACCAACACAGGCAAGAGCAAGGUGCUCAAGGACUACUACUACUAUUGGGAAAAGCGGGUGUUCUCCGCGCUCAACUUUAUGGUCGUGAACAAUCUACAGUAUCUGGAAAGCCUCAUGGGCCAAGUGACCAGCCGAAAGACCAAGCCUGGUCCGACGCCGUUCCGAAUCCCGCCACAGCGGUCCGCUCCGCUCUUCAAGGUCUUUGCAUCGCUCUCGGCUCCCGAGAUUGUGAUCGCACCGCUCGCUGCUGAGAUUUACAAGAUGAUUAUAAAGUUUGCGCGAUCAGUAAUCGACUCGACCAAGCAGUUUCAUCGCUGGCAGAACGGCACCUGCCACAUCACGCCGCCUCAGAAAAUCAGCGAAGACGAAGAGCCGAUGGUCUUUAGCUUCCAUUCCGACGUGGUUUGCAACCAAAAAAUCAUAGCCUUGGUCUCGCAGCUCAACACCACCGUCACAAGGACCUUUGGAGAGCUUUCCGGCUACCUCGACACAUGGCGCAAGUACCGCCCGCUGUGGAAAGUGGACAAGGUUAUCACGCUGGAAAAGUUUGCCCAGAAAAAGCCCACAAUCAUCAACUAUGACGAAAAGUUGGCGUUCUACUCCAAACUCGCUGUCGAUGUCGAGAAUCAGGUCACCGUCAAAGACAUUGGAUUUAUUCGGGUCAUUUCACUGCCACUUCAAGCGGCGAUUCAUAGCGAGGCCACCAGCUGGCAUCUCAAUAUCAAAACAAAGGAAGGACUCACCGAGCUCACCGAGAGGAUGCAAAAGUACCACGAAGAUCUCCAGCGAACACCCACCACCCUCGACGACCUGACCUUUGUCCUCAACGUGAUCGCCGAGAUCCGCGGCGCAACAGAGGAAGUCGAAGUCAAAUACCAGGACGUCAUUGAAGGCUAUCGGAUCUUCCGAAUGUACAACAUUGAGAUUUCGGAGGACGAGAUUGCGAUGGCCAACGAGCUGCCGGUCAAGUGGGCCGAGAUGCUUGAGACCGCGCGCCGCGUUGACGACUCGCUGAUCCCGGUCAAGGCAAAGUUCACCGACACGACCCAGAACCAGGUCAAAGAGUUCAAGGCCGAGCUCAAGCGUGCGCGCGAGGAGUUCACCGUCAACGGCCCCGGCGCCAUGGACCUCGACAUGGAUCACGGUCUCGAGUUGCUGAAGCAGUCCAAGGAAAUGGUCGCUGGCUUUCUAGCCAAGCGCGAGCACCUGGUCAAGGCCGAGAAGCUGUUCAACCUGAUCAUCACCUCGUACCCAGAGCUGUUUGAGAUCGAGAGCGAAAUCAAGGAGCUCGACAAGAUCUACGAGCUCUACACCGAGGUCAAGGACGCCAUCAACGGAUGGUCGACGACGCUGUGGUCGAACCUCGACAUCAACGUCCUCAACAAGGGUGUCGAGACGUUCUCGUCGAGGCUCAAGAAGAUGCCCAAGGAGCUCAAGCAACUACCGCCUUACAACGUCGUUGCCGAAAAGAUCGUCACCUUCAAGGACUCGAUCCCACUCUUUGCCGACCUCAAAAACGAGGCCCUUCGCGACCGCCACUGGAAGCGUUUGAUGGAGAUCACCGGCAAAAGCUUUGACAUGAACCCCGAGAUCUUUACCCUCGAGAAGCUCUUCUCAAUGAACUUGCACGAACACUCCGAGGCCAUCGGCGAGAUUGUGUCCGGGGCUAUGAAGGAGCUCAGUAUCGAAAACGGCAUCCGUGACAUUGAAAACACCUGGCGCAACACAAAAUUUGUUGUCGUCAAGUACACCAAGGGCACCGAGGAUCGCGGCUUCAUCCUUGGCGCCGUCGAUGAAAUCACGACUGCCCUGGACGACAACGCCAUGUCGCUCCAGUCGAUGGGAGCCUCUCGCUUCGUAACGGCCUUCUUGCCUUCGGUGCAGCAGUGGGAGAAGAUCCUGUCGCACAUUGGCGAAGUCAUCGACGUCUGGAUGAUUGUCCAGCGCAAAUGGAUGUAUCUCGAGUCGAUCUUUAUAGGCUCGGGCGAUAUUCGCCAGCAGCUUCCGGAGGAGGCAGCCAGGUUCGACCGCAUCGACAAGACCUUUAAGAAGCUCAUGAGCGACACGGCCAAGCACACCUCCGUCAUGGAGGCAUGUAACGCCGAGGGUCGCCUUCAGCUCCUGCAAAACCUGUCGAACGAGCUCGAAUCGUGCCAAAAGUCUCUCUCGGACUAUCUCGAGUCAAAGCGAAACGCCUUCCCGCGGUUCUUCUUCAUCUCGGACGAAGAGCUGCUGUCGAUCCUGGGAAGUCACGACCCCAAAAACGUGCAGGAGCACAUCAUCAAGAUGUUCGACAACAUCCUGCGCCUGACCUUUGGAACGGGCAAGAACGAAAAGGCAGUCAUCGGCAUGUCGUCGUCCGAGGGCGAGUGCCUCGAGUUCAGGCGCGUCGUGCCCAUCGAGGGCCGCGUCGAGGAGUGGAUGCUUGCCGUCGAGUCUGAGAUGAAAAAAACCAAUCGCACGCUGCACAAGGAAGCCAUCUUCCACUACGUCGACAUGGAGCGCCUUCCCUGGAUCCUGGCUUACCAGGGCAUGGUGGCCCUUGCUGGCUCGCAAGUGUGGUGGACAUGGGAAGUCGAGGAUGUCUUCCGCAAGAUCCGACUCGGCAACAAGCUGGCGAUGAAGAAGUAUUCAAAGUCACUCGCUGAGCAAAUGGAGGAACUUGUUGUCAAAGUGCGUUCCGACCUGAGCUCGAACGAUCGAAAGAAACUCAACUCCCAGAUCAUUAUCGAUGUUCACGCUCGCGACAUUGUCGACCGCUUUGUGCGCGACUCGAUCACAGACGAGGGAGAGUUCGAGUGGGAGUCGCAGCUGCGGUUCUAUUGGGACAGACAGACAGACGAAUUGAUCGUGCGCCAGUGUAACGGCGUCUUUGACUAUGGAUACGAGUACAUGGGGCUCAACGGCCGACUGGUGAUCACUCCGUUGACAGACCGAUGCUAUCUAACGCUCACACAAGCACUUUCGAUGAAGCUCGGAGGGGCCCCAGCUGGCCCGGCUGGAACCGGCAAGACAGAGACCGUCAAGGAUCUGGCCAAGGCAAUGGGGCUGCUGUGCAUGGUCACCAACUGCGGUGACGGCAUGGACUACCGCGCCAUGGGGCAGAAUUUUGCUGGGCUCGUGCAAACAGGCGCCUGGGGAUGUUUUGACGAGUUCAACCGAAUCGAGCUGGCUGUGCUCUCUGUGAUCUCGGCACAGAUCAAGACCAUCCAGAACGCCCUCGUCGCUGGCCUGAAGCGUUUUCAGUUCGAGGGCAACGAGAUCUCGCUCGACAAAAAAACAGGCAUCUUCAUCACCAUGAAUCCUGGCUAUGCCGGCCGCACCGAGCUUCCCGACAACCUCAAAGCGCUCUUCAGGCCCGUUGUCAUGGCCGUUCCAGAUCUCGAGCUCAUCUGUGAGAUCAUGCUCUUUUCGGAAGGCUUCACCUUGGCCAAGAGUCUGGCCAAGAAAAUGGUGGUUCUGUACAAGCUUGCAAAGGGGCAGCUUUCCAAGCAGCACCACUACGACUUUGGACUACGAGCGCUCAAGUCCGUGCUUGUCAUGGCGGGCUCGCUCAAGCGCGGGUCCCCGGACCUCAAUGAAGACGUUGUGCUCAUGCGGGCCCUGCGCGAUAUGAAUCUCCCAAAGUUUGUCUUUGAAGACGUGCCACUCUUCCUCGGUCUCAUCACUGACCUGUUUCCAGGUCUCGAUUGCCCACGUGUCCGCUAUCCGAGCUUCAACGAUGCCGUCGAGGAAAUCCUUCGCGACUCUGGAUACAUCCUGGUCCCUGAGCAGGUCGACAAGGUCGUGCAGCUGUACGAAACCAUGCUCACCCGCCACACCUCGAUGGUGGUCGGCCCGGCCGGCGGCGGAAAGACCGUGGUGAUCGACACACUUGCCAAGGCCCAGACCAAGCUGGGACUCCCCACCAAGCUGUACAUCCUCAACCCCAAAGCCGUUACCGUCGCAGAGCUGUACGGUGUGUUGGACCAGACCACGCGCGACUGGACCGACGGUCUGCUCUCCAACAUCUUCAGAGAGACCAACAAACCCACCGAUCGCAAGGAACGCAAGUACAUUGUCUUUGAUGGCGACGUUGAUGCCGUCUGGGUCGAAAACAUGAACUCGGUCAUGGACGACAACAAGCUGCUGACACUGCCCAACGGCGAGCGCAUCCGCUUGCAGAAGCAUGUAGCACUGCUUUUUGAGGUUGGUGACCUUCAAUACGCCAGCCCGGCCACGGUCUCGAGAUGCGGCAUGGUUUACAUGGACCCAAAGAACCUGGGCUACCGACCGUAUUACCAAAAGUGGCUGGCCAGCCGUCCAACCAAGGUCGAAUGCCUCAUGAAGUUCUUCAAUAAGUAUGUGCCAUCGCUGGUUGAGUAUGUGCUGGAGGGCACCUUCCAGGGCUUCAUGGGCGAUCCUCUCAAGCGCGUGAUACCCGUCACCGGCCUCAACACCGUGAUGCAGCUGUGCUCCAUCCUCGAGAUGCAGCUGACAGACCCAAAGCAGCUCGCUCAGGAAGCCAUUGUCGAGGGUGUCUUUAUCCAGUCCCUCAUAUGGUCGGUUGGCGCCAGCUUGCUCGAAGACGACCGCAUCAAGUUCUCGGAUGCCGUCAAGAAGCUCUCGGAGCUCCCGCUGGUGCACACGGCCGCGGCGGUGGUACUCGGACAGCUGCCCGGUAACGACAAAUCUUUGUACGACUACCACUUUGAUGCCUCUGAGCUGCAGUGGGUGCCCUGGAACAACUACGUGCCUGCAUACGAGCACAGCCGAUCAUGCUCAUUCCACGAGAUUCUGGUGCCCACGCUCGACACCGUGCGCCACACCUGGCUGCUGGAGAAGCUCAUUGGCAUCAAGAAGCCAGUAUUGCUUGUUGGUGAGGUGGGCACCUCCAAGACAGUGACGGUCCAGAACUAUCUGCGAGUUCUGCCCUCGGACAAGAACCUGAUUCUCAACAUAAGCUUCUCGUCGCGCACAACCUCGCUUGAUGUGCAGCGUAACUUGGAGGUCAAUGUCGAGAAGCGCACCAAGGACACGUACGGCCCAGCGGCGGGCAAGAGACUGAUUGUGUUCAUAGACGAUCUCAACAUGCCCGCCAAGGACACCUACGGCACACAGCAGCCCAUUGCGCUGCUCAAGCUGCUGAUCGAGCGCGGCGGACUCUAUGACCGCGGAAAGGAGCUGAACUGGAAGUAUCUCAAAGACGUGCAGUGUCUCGGAUCCAUGGGCACCCCAGGUGGCGGCCGCAACGACAUCGACCCCCGCUUUGCCUCGCUGUUCUCGGUCUUCAACAUCACAUUCCCCAAGGACGCAUCGCUCAUCCGCAUCUACUCGGGCAUCAUCCAGGGGCAUACAGCGCCGUUCUCGGACGACGUGCGUCGCGCUGCGGACAAGCUGACGGCACUCACCCUGAAGAUCUUUGCCGAGAUAUCCAAGACACUGAUGCCAACGCCAUCAAAGUUCCACUAUAUCUUCAACCUGCGCGACAUCUCGCGUGUGUACGAAGGGCUGUGUCAGUCGACUCCGGACCACUUUCAAACCUCCAAGCAAUUUGUCCGCCUUUGGCGCAACGAGUCCCUUAGAGUCUUCCACGACCGCCUCGUAACCGAUGCAGACAAGGACUACGUCAACAAGCUGCUCAAUCGCCAGAUCCUCGACAACUUUGAAGCAGACGAGGAAUACGUCACCCGCAAUCCGUCUCUCUUUGGAGACUUUCGCUAUGCGCUGCAGGAAGAGUCCGUCCGGCUGUACGAAGAUCUCCUCGACUUUGCCGCCAUCCGAUCGAUCUUCCAGGAGAUCCUGGAGGAGUACAACGACAAGUUCAACAAGAUGAACCUGGUGCUCUUCGACGAUGCGCUCGAUCAUUUGACGCGAAUCCACCGUGUGAUUCGCAUGAAGCGCGGUCACUGUCUACUCGUUGGCGUAGGCGGUUCGGGUAAGCAAUCGCUGACCCGCCUGGCCGCCUUUGCAGCUGGAUAUGGCGUCUACGAGAUCACCCUGACUCGGGGGUACAGCGAAGUCGAGUUCCGGGAGAGCCUCAAAAUCCUCUAUUCGAUGCUUGGCUCGGGAAAAAAGACCGUGUUCAUGUUUACCGAUGCCCACGUCGUCCAAGAGGGCUUUCUGGAACUCAUCAACAACAUGCUCACCAGUGGAAUGGUGCCGGCCCUCUAUGAAGACGAGGAGAAAGACGCUAUUCUGGGCGGAAUCCGUGAUGAGGUUGCUCGCCUUGGGAUGGUGCAGAACCGCGAAAACAUGUGGCAGUACUUUGUCGGAAAGUGCUGGGACAACCUACAUGUGGUUUUGUGCAUGUCGCCGCAAGGCGACAAGCUGCGCGAGCGAUGUCGCUCGUUCCCGGGUCUCGUCAACAACACCGUCAUCGAUUGGUUUCCUCCAUGGCCCGAGCAAGCGCUGUUCUCUGUAGCCGACGCCUUCCUGAAGGAAGGUCUGAUCCCCAGCGAGCAGCGCCCGCAAAUCGUUGCCCACAUGGUUGGCGUCCAUCUCUCCGUGGGCGACAUUAGCAUCGAGUUUCUUCAAAAGUACAGGCGGGCCAACUAUGUCACACCAAAGAACUAUCUUGACUACAUCAGCACUUACAACCGUUUGCUGGAAGAAAACCGUGAGCUCAACGGCAAGCUGUGCGCCCGCCUGGAGUCUGGACUGGGCAAGCUGGAGGAAUCCUCGCGGCAGCUCGAUGUCCUGAACGAGCAGCUGGCUGAACAGAACAUUGCCGUCAAGAACAAGACUGAGGCAUGCAACCAGCUACUCGAAGUCAUCACAACCAACACGCGCCAGGCUGAGGAGAAGAAGGGGCUUGCCCAGAAGAAGGAGAGCGAGCUCGAUGCCCAGAACAUCCAGAUUGCCAAGGACAAGGAAGAAGCCGAGGCGGCGCUUUCCGAGGCGCUGCCGGCGCUUGAGCAGGCUCGAUUGGCCUUGGCCAACCUGUCGUCGUCGGAAAUCACAGAGAUUCGGUCGUUUGCCAAGCCACCCAAAGAGGUGCAGAAGGUGUGCGAGUGCAUUUGCGUCAUCAAGGGAAUCAAGGAUGUCUCGUGGAAGAGUGCCAAGACAAUGAUGUCGCAAACCGACUUCAAAUCGUCGCUCAGCUCGCUCGACGUAGAUAACAUCUCCAGCGGGCAGAUCAAGGCCGUCAAAAGCAUCUUGCGCGAGCUGGAUGUGACCAUAACUCGCAUGCAGGAGAUUUCUUCCGCCGGUGCGGGUCUCCUGACAUUUGUGCUCGCCGUGGUCGGAUACUGCAACGUCGCCAAGCAAAUCCAGCCCAAGCGCGCGGCGGUAGCGACGCUGGAGCGCAACCUACAGCUCUCCAAGAAUGAGUUCGACAAGAUCACAAAGGAACUCAAGCGGCUCAACGACGAGCUGUCGACUCUGCAGCAGCAGUUCCACAAGGCAAAGUCGGAGCAGCUGGAACUGAAGGAGAUGGCGGAGGUCAUGGAGCGACGCCUGCUCGCAGCUGACAAACUCAUAUCCGGCCUGGGCUCGGAGCGAGUGCGCUGGGGCAACGACCUGGCCGUUCUCAAAGACCAGCGGAUCCAGCUGCUGGGCGACUGUCUGCUGAUCUCGGGGUUUGUCAGCUACACAGGAGCCUUCAAUUGGGAGCUUCGCAACGAGCUCGUUUACAAACGAUGGGUCAGCGACCUCACCAACCGAGCUGUGCCGCUCAGUGCGACCUUUCGAGUGGAGCGGCUUCUGGUCACGGAGGUGGAAAUGUCGAAAUGGGCAUCGGAGGGCCUGCCGGCGGACGAGCUGUCGAUCCAGAAUGGCAUCUUGACAACCAAGGCGUCGCGCUUCCCCCUCUGCAUUGACCCCCAGCAGCAAGCCGUGACUUGGAUCAAGAAACGAGAGGCCACCAACAAUCUCAAGGUGUCAUCCUUCAACGACCCGGACUUUUUGAAGCACCUGGAGAUGGCCAUAACCUACGGCUUCCCGUUCUUGUUUGAAGACGUGGACGAAUACAUCGAUCCCGUUAUCGACAACAUUCUCGAGAAAAACAUCAAGGUGGCGGGCUCGCGGCGCUUCAUUGUCCUGGGCGACAAGGAAGUCGACUUUGACCCAGGAUUCAGGCUCUAUCUCACCUCGCGCCUUGCCAAUCCCACGUACACGCCCAAGGUCUUUGGGUCGGCGAUUGUGAUCAACUACAGCGUCACUUUCAAGGGCCUGAGCGACCAGUUGCUCAACGUCGUCGUUGGUCAUGAACGCAAGGAGCUCGAAGAGCAGCGUGAGCGCCUCAUUAUCGAGAUGAGUCAGAACAAGAGUCUGCUGAAGGACCUCGAGGACACGUUGCUUCGAGAGCUCGCUUCGUCGACUGGCCUCAUGCUUGACAAUGUCGAAUUGAUCCGCACCUUGGAAGAGACCAAGUCCAAGGCAACCGAAAUCGGACAGAAGCUUGUGCUUGCCAACCAGACCUCUGCAGAGGUCGAAGCUUCCCGCGAUGCCUAUCGACCAGCCGCAAAGUGCGGUGCGGUGCUCUUCUUUGUUCUUGCAGAGCUGUCGACCAUCAAUCCCAUGUACCAGUACUCGCUCUCAGCGUUCCUCGAGGUCUUUGUGGGCUCGCUUCACAAGAGCAAGCCCGACGCACUGCUCUCUAAGCGACUCAACAAGAUCAUGGACACGCUCAAGUACGCGGUAUACAACUACGCAUGCACGGGUUUGUUUGAAAAGCACAAGCUCAUGUUUUCCUUUCAGAUGACCAUCAAGCUCAUGGAGCACGAGGGCCAGGUCGAUCUUACGGAGCUCAACUUCUUCCUCAAGGGAGAUAUAUCCCUUGAGCAGCCGUCGAUUCCCAAGCCUUUCAUCUGGAUCACCGACCAGGGCUGGAAGGACCUGCUAAAGCUCUCGGUCAUCCAUCCAAACUUUGGCUCCCUCGUGACGCAUGUGCAGGGCAACGAAGCGGAGUGGCACACUUGGGCCAAGCUCGAGGCGCCCGAAGUUGCGUCGUUCCCGAUGGGAUACUCGGAGCGCCUGACCUCGUUCCAGCAGCUCUGUCUCCUGCGCUGCUUCCGGAUUGACCGGGUCUACAAUGCCGUCACCAGCUUUGUGAUCAAAAACAUUGGCGAAAAGUACGUGAUGCCGCCCGUGGUCAACUUCCAGAACAUCUUUGACCAGUCAUCGCCCACCAGCCCCGUGGUGUUCAUCCUCAGUCCGGGCGCCGACCCGCAGAGUGACCUUCAGAAACUGGCAGAGAAUCUCGGAUUUGGCGGCAACAGGCUCAAGUUCUUGUCGCUUGGACAGGGACAAGCCCCGAUAGCGCUGCAGCUGCUGGAGACUGCCGUCGCCAGAGGACAGUGGCUGAUGCUGCAGAACUGCCACCUGCUCGUUGGUUGGCUUCGCCAUCUGGAGAAAGUUCUCGAGAAGAUCGAAAAGCCACACAAGGAUUUCCGGCUGUGGCUCACCACCGAGCCCACCCCGCAGUUCCCGAUCGGCAUCCUCCAAAAGUCGCUCAAGGUCGUGACGGAGCCACCAAACGGCCUCAAACUCAACAUCCGCAGCAACUACUUCAAGCUGACCGACGAGGUGAUGGAGGACUGCUCGCACGAAAUGUUCAAGCCGCUGAUCUACGUGCAGGCAUUCUUCCAUGCCGUCGUGCAGGAGCGAGGCAAAUACGGAAAGAUUGGCUGGAACGUCAAGUACGACUUUAACGAAUCCGAUUUCCGUGUCAGCCUGACGAUCCUCCGGACCUACCUUGACAAAACUGCGGGACAAAAGGACGGCAAAAUCCCUUGGACAACACUGCGGUAUUUGAUUGGCGAGACCAUCUACGGUGGGCGAGUCACGGACGACUACGACCGCCGCGUGUUGAUGACCUAUCUGGACGAGUACAUGGGCGAUUUUUUGUUCGACUCGUUCCAGCCGUUCUACUUUUUCAAGAGCCCGAGCGUCGAGUACAAAAUCCCCGAGAUCGGCACGCGCGAACAGUACAUUGCAUACAUCGAGAGCUUGCCCCUCAACAAUGCCCCAGAUGUGUUCGGGCUCCACCCCGACGCUGAGAUCGGCUACUUGACGACGGCCGUGAAGGACAUGUGGAGCCAGCUCAUCUCGCUGCAGCCCCGGUCCUCGGACGGAGUCGGGGGCAUCAGUCGCGAAGAGUUCAUAUCAAACAUUGCCUCGGAUAUCCAGAGUAGGCUGCCCACGACAUACGACGUCCCGAGAAUUUACAAGUCCAUCGGCGUCCCUUCACCGACGCAGAUUGUGCUGCUGCAGGAAUUGGAGCGCUGGAACAUCCUCGUCGAAUGCAUGGCAAGCACGCUAAAGGACCUGAGACGAGCGCUGAAAGGCGAGAUUGGAAUGAGCGCCAAGCUGGAUGAUCUGGCCAAUGCCCUCUACAACGGUGCCCUGCCGAGCGCCUGGCGCAAACUGGCUCCCCAGACCGAGAAAGGUCUGGGCGGAUGGAUGCAAUUCUUCGAGAGGCGCUUUCAGCAAUACUCGUCGUGGAUCAAGAACGGCGAGCCUGCCGUUGUAUGGCUUUCGGGGCUCCAUGUCCCUGAGGCGUUCAUCACGGCCCUCGUUCAGGCAACCUGUCGCAAGAACGGCUGGCCACUGGAUCGUUCGACGCUCUACACACAGGUGACAGCGUUUGUGAAUCCUUCGGAGGUGAAUGAGCGGCCAUCAUCGGGUUGCUAUGUGACCGGACUGUACCUCGAAGGCGCCGGAUGGGACCUCAAGUCCGGCUCGCUCGUUCGGCUCGAAUCUGGCGGCCGCUUGCUCCAGGAACUUCCGAUUCUGCGGAUUAUCCCAAUCGAGAUGCAUCGACUCAAGCUUGUCAACACCUUCCGGACGCCCGUUUACACCACUCAGCAGCGACGCAAUGCCAGCGGCAUCGGCUGGGUUUUCGACGCCGAUUUGAGCACCAACGAGCACAUUAGCCACUGGGUGCUGCAGGGAGUGUGCCUGGUGCUGAAUACAGAUUAGCUGGUCUUUGGUUGGUGUGUCAGGACGGCUAGAGAGUGCUUCGACUGUCUGGUGGCAGCACAAUUCUUUGAAGAAACAUGAACAUGCGAUUUGAUAAGCACUCAAUGCC